UGCUGUCCAUGGAUGUUUUCAUUGAAUAUUAUGAAACUAUGUAAUGUCUCACUUGUGCGCAGUGGGAGAAGACUCUUUCCAUUUUGCUGCCAUGUACAGGUGACUGCCGCUGACCGUAAGUUAAAGUUAAGACAAGAAUUUGUACAACGUAGGUAAAUAUUCUUGUUACAAGUUCGGUGCAGCAUUAAUCCAGGUUCACUCUCGCUUUGAAGGUGAAACGGUACCGUAUAUUAAUGUUUAAGAUGAAUAUCACAUAUUACUGCGAGUUUGGAGUCACCCGUAGCUGUUAAUUUGGCAAAACGAAGACAGGCAGAUGUGGACCACUUUGCCUUCUUGACCUGGACUGAGCUAAACCACAUCUGGCAUGAUUACUAUGGCGGUAUUUGGAGCAAGGGCAGUCCUUCUAAACCUGAGGUCCACUUUCCAGAGAGCAGGCUCACUUCCCAGGAUCAGACUCAUCCAGCACUCAAGGACUUGUCUAGUAAAGAGAGGGCAGAUUUUAUCAAAGGUACCCAAGGUUACACUGCUAUGUUGGGGUGCAGUCUGUGCAUCAUCCUCUGCAGCCAGAUGCCAGGAAGCCACUCUUCCAUCCCAAACCACUCAGAGGAAGGCUUUAGCGAAAGUCCAAGUGCACAAACUUGUGUUUUUCCUCCGCCUCAGCCUCCGUGCCUUGGUACUGCUCCUCAAAUUUGGCCCCCUUCUCCUCCUCUUCCCCUUAACUUUGGUGUCCACUCGCUGGGCCUCAUGCUGGCUGGACGCUCUGCUGUGGGUGAUUGAAUCUUCUGGUCCCACUUAUAUUAAGCUGGGGCAGUGGGCCAGCACCAGGCGGGACAUCUUCCCUCAGGAGUUUUGUGACCGCUUCUCCAGGCUCCACAUUAAGGUGCGCCCUCACUCUUGGGCUCACACCAAGCAGUGUCUCAGGAGGGCCUUCGGGGAGGGCUGGAGGAGGAUGUUUGUGUUUGAAAGCAAAGAGCCGGUGGGGUCAGGAUGUGUGGCCCAGGUGUACCGUGGCUGGGCCAAGGCGGACCGGGUGGAGGAUCCAGCCUUCCAGUCGCUGGUGGAGGAGAUGGAGAGAGAAGACCUGCUGGAAGCGUGGGAGAUACCUGGUCUAGGAGGAGUGGCAAGAUCUCUUUGGAAGUUCUUGAGGGGGAAUAAGGAGGGGGAGGGCUAUGAGGAGAGGGGUGACCCAGUGGGGCAUGAGGAGAGCAGCACAGAAAAGGACCGUCUGAUACCUGUCGCUAUCAAGGUGGUCCAUCCAGGUGUCAGGAGGCAGGUGGAAAUAGACCUGCUGCUGAUGAAAACAGGCAGUUGGCUCCUGCACUGCCUGCCUGGACUCAAAUGGCUCAGCCUGUGUGAGAUAGUAGAGGAGUUUGAGAAGCUCAUGACCAAACAGAUUGAUCUCCGUUUUGAGGCCAAGAACAUUGAGCGUUUUCGGGAUAAUUUCCGUGAUGUGGAAUAUGUCAAAUUCCCAACUCCAUUACGACCAUUUGUCACCAGGACUAUAUUAGUGGAAACAUUUGAAGAGAGUGAGCCCAUUUCAAACUACCUGAGCGCUGAGAUUCCUCAGGAGGUGAAGCAGAGAAUAGCCAGGAUGGGAGUAGACACCCUGCUGAAAAUGGUUUUUGUGGAUAACUUUGUCCAUGGGGACCUCCAUCCUGGUAACAUCUUGGUCCAGUAUCAAGGGCCUUUUGCUGGUUCCAGUGACAGUGCUGGUAUCACAGGGGAGGCCCAGGGCAAAACAACCCUCACUGACCUGUGGGACACUGUUGUGGUCAGUGUCAGACCAGACCCAUAUCCUCUCCAGCUGGUGUUGCUGGACGCUGGCAUCGUAGCCCAACUCAGCAACCACGACCUCGCAAACUUCAAGGCUGUCUUUACAGCUGUGGUGCUUCGUCAGGGUGAGAGGGUGGCAGAGUUGAUCCUGCAUCAUGCUCGGGCCAACGAGUGCCAGGACGUGCCACAGUUCAAGAAGGAGAUGUCCCAGCUGGUGGACGAUGCCCUCAGCAACACCCUCUCUCUGGGAAAGAUCCAAGUAGCUGACUUGCUCUCCAGAGUUUUUAGUCUACUCAUCAAACACAAGGUGAAGCUGGAGAGUAAUUUCGCAUCCAUAGUGUUUGCCAUCAUGGUGCUGGAAGGCCUGGGUAGAUCUUUGGAUCCCAACUUGGACAUCCUGGAGCUGGCCAAACCCAUGCUGCUCAAAAACUGUGCCUCACUGCUCUGAUACACACAUGCCAUGUACACAUACACACAGCUGAAGCACAAUAGAUAAAACACACAUAGGUACAAAGCCCUGCAUACUGUAUACAUACACACAAAUGUUACAUACAGUAUAUGUGUAUAUCCUCCCAAUAUCAUGGUGAUGGUGUGUCUUCAAGCUUGUAAUGCUCACUACAUUUCAACAGUGUUGAUGCCAUAAAUACCUCCAUUGAGUUUUACAUUGGUGGGUACUUUCAUCUCUGUUACUCUUAUAAUUUACAGUCUGGUCAGAAUACGAAUAUUUCACCCACUUGCAUCAACUACGGGGCACCUCUAGCUGAGCCUAAUGAACGAGAGCAGAUCCACGUUACAUGAGGCACCAUUUGAGUGCUAAUGGAUGAGUCAGCAAACACAGAUGGCAUCAGAGACCAUUUGUAGUAAGACAAGAUGUAAAACAAAAUACUGCCAACAUCCCUAUUUGAUGUUUUAAAGCAUAUUUUCACUUUUUAAUGGCUAAUAUUGAUCUCAGGGUGUCUUAUCACUCAAUCUCCAAUAGCAUCUUAGGUAAUGUUUUUUUAAUGGGCCAUAUUUGCAUUAGUGUGAAUCACAACGUACUGUAAAAUUUGUUCUUACAAAUUACAUUGACAAUGUGAAGCCUUUGGCUAAUUGUACUCACAACUGACAUCUUGGUUGUUUUAACUUUCCAUUAAGUUGGUGGGAACACUUGUAUGAAUUAUACAUAUAAAUAAAAAGAAAUCCAUGCUAA